AUAGCAAAAGAGUGGCAGGGGGCGGGGUUUCACUGCAGGCAACCCCCCCUAAAAGCUAACUCGUUCCCAGUUUAAAAUAGAUGUAAACAGCAUCACUGUGAUCAAUUUAUAUUCUCUGAAAAAGAACAGAAAAGCAUCAAGAGAGCAGCAAAUAUGGAUGCAGGUGAAGAACAAAACACAGGCAGCGCGAAUGGAAACCCGCAGGCGAGUGGGAACUCCCGGGCCCCCCAGAUAGCCCGCAUGUCUUUGUAUGAACGACAAGCUGUGCAGGCUCUCCAAGCGUUGCAAAGGCAACCCAACGCAGCCCAGUACUUCCAGCAGCUCAUGCUGCAGCAGCAGAUCAACACGGCUCAACUGCAAAACUUUGCUGUGCAACAGGCCACGCUUGCAGCCAGUCGCCAGUCCAAUACGCCGAGCAACAGCAUGUCGCAGGCGGCCACAACUGUCAAUUUAAGCACUACGUCUGCAGGUGGGACUAUGAGCAGCCCCCGUCCGCACGGCCCGGCUACCUCCGCAACGACAACAGCUCUCAACCAGUCGGUGCUGCUGGGGGGGAACUCUACAGGACAGGGACAGAUGUAUUUUAGGGUGAACCGCUCUCCGCUUGCCUCUCAGCUCAUCUUCAUGCCCGGUGGGACGACAGCCGCCGUAGCGACGGUCGCUCAGACGCAGACGCAGCCCCAACAGCAGCAGCAGCAGGACGCUGCUUCCACCACCAGCAUCGCCCAGACCGACAACGAUCAGGUGCAGAAUCUGGCUCUACACUGUGCCUCCAGCAGCAAAGCAGUGGCUGUAAAGGCUGAAAACGUAGAGAGGAAGGAUGCCGGAAGUUUUCCUCUCACUCAGCAGCAGCAGACGUUUCCUCAGACAGCUCAGCAGCAGCAAGUGCACCCACAGCAGCAGCAGCAACAGAUGGCCAAAGCCAGCUUUAACCAGCCGUCUGCCUCCAGCUCCCUGGCCGUGAAGGCCGGGAACCAGGCUGCCAUGGCCGUCCCUCCUGCUGCCUCCGUAACCCCGUCCUCCUCCUCCUCCUCGUCCGCCGCUCUCCCUCUAUCUCAGCUCCUCCUGUCCCCCUCUGCUGCCCCCGUCAUCCUGGUGCCAACUUCAAACGUCACCACCUCCGCCCAGGGCUACCCGAUCGGUUCCGUGGCGCCGAAAGCCAACAUGAACCCGCAGACUCUGGUGGUGCAGCCCCUGCAACAGGCGAGCGCCAACGCGGAGAAGGGCCCCGUCCCGAUACAGCCCAAGACGGCCCAGGGACACCGCUUACCCGCUCAGCUGUCCCCCCGGCAGCCACCCCCCAUUCUCCCGGCGCCGCCGAGCAGCAAUCAGGGCAACGCGGGGGGUCAGAACCCCUCACACAUCCCGGUCCAGCUGGUGGGAGCCAGGCAGGGCUUGGCAGCGAAUUCCCCGGCCGUGGCCCUGGCUCAGGCACGGGGCGCCACGGCGCAGGAGAGUCCAUCUGGUGUGGCCGUUUGUUCGGUGCCCAGCAGUAUGGCUAUGACAAAGCCGUCCGCCGGUUCUCUGAAGAGGAAAUCUGAGAGUGACGCGCCGAAUGAAGUGUCAGAAACAUCAGAUUCGGUCUCCAUGAAAGAGUCCGCUCCUCCUUUAUCUCCUGCCCCCACAAAGGACUUGGCUCUUCCUGUAGCUGCCACGUUCUCCUCUCCCCCCACCCUGUCCUUGCCUCUGCCCUUGUCCCGAGUCGGCCACGGGGACAAAGUUCCCCAGGCGGUGGUCAAACCUCAGGUUCUCACCCAUCUCAUCGAGGGCUUUGUUAUUCAAGAGGGAGCCGAGCCCUUCCCUGUCGCCGGACUCCUCAAAGACAGAGAUUUUGCCCUGGUUGGCCGCACAGAGAACGGCCCUCCGUUGUUGAAGUGCGAGUACUGUGGAUGCUUUGCUCCAGCCAGCCAGUUCAGGGGAUCAAAGAGGUUCUGUUCAAAUACUUGUGCUAAGAGGUACAACGUAAGCUGCAGCCAGCACUACAAGUCCAGCAGAGGGAGGAGUGGUGGGGGGCCGCCGCUGCCUCCGAACCCCACGGAGAACUCGUCUAAACGCAGGGGCCCUUCUCGUAGGGGCAGUUCAAAUAGCACCCACAGUAAAGUAUCAAGCAAGCAUCAUUCUGUCAAGUGUCACUCGGAGUCCAGUCGCUCGGAGGAUGUGUCCAGCGAGGGGGAGGAAGAGGAGGACGAUUCCUCCUCGCUGUCCAGAAGCUCCUCGCGCUCCUGCUCCAGGGCGGAGCACAGCGCUCCUCCCUCCGACUGCUCGGCGCCAGGAAGCCUCCCGAUCGAAGGCGCCAACUUCCUCUCCGCGAUGCCGUCUCAGUGGAGCGUGGCCGAAGUUUGCAAGUUCAUCUCCUCGCUUCAAGGUUGCGAGGAGCUGGCCGCCCAGUUUCUGUCGCAGGAGAUCGACGGCCAGGCUCUGCUGCUGCUGCGAGAGGACCAUCUAAUCUCCACCAUGAACAUUAAACUGGGUCCGGCUCUGAAGAUCUGUGCCUCGAUCAACAGUCUGCGCGACUGAUGGUUCUUUACUCGUUUCUGAUGUCUCAUAGGAUUUAACACUUGGACUUGAGCUUGUUGGAGAUUAUGUGGAGUUUUGUUUUUUGUCCAUAGACGGUUAUUCCCUAUCAAUCUGAAGGUGCUUUAAGAACAGAUCACCCAUUGGACAGUUCUCGUAACCUUUUAACCCAGUCCCUGCUCUUUUGCUGUGGUUCUUGCUUUAGGGUUGGAGCUUUCUUGAUAACCCAUGAGUGACAUAAAGGUGUGUGACUGAUGCAGUUAAAAGGUUGUGUUCAUCAGCUGAGCCACACUCGGUUUGCUUCUUAGUACUUCUUAAAAUGUUGGAGGGCUAAAAUGCCUACGGUUCUUUGCAAAGCUAUUCGCACCCCUAACACUUUUCCAUAUUUUGUCACAUUACAACCACAAACUUUGAUGUAUUUUAUUGGGAUUUCAUUUUCAACCAACACAAAGUAACAUGCGAUGGCACGGCCGCUUCCAAAGACGGGGAGUCAUUUGCUACAGGCUCACGGUAGAGGGCAACGCCCAGAACCGGAGCCCCCAGCCUUCAGAUUAGGGGCAAGAUUUAAAGGGUUGUUUUUGUGAAGAAAGAAUUCUGGCUGAUUUAAAUGUAAAAACGUUUAAUUUUCUUUUUAAUCGGCCUUGCAGGAAGACCAUAGAACAGGUUCGACAGCUAACCGUAAAGAAUUACGGUUGUGCUGUCUCGUAACUUCACAUUCCUACAAGGUUCGUGCUCCCCGCUGCUGCACACAGGAUCCGUGGCUGAAGAGGAGCGGCUGCGAAUUAAAUGAACCUGUAGAAUAUCAGCUGCUAAAGGAUGGCCCAUCGCAUUGAGAGCUUAGAUCUUAACACGUCACACAAGCCAAAGCCCAACACACGAACAAUUUUGGACCGCAGCAGGUAUGGAAAGCCAUAAGAGCCGUAAUUUAGAAGGAAAAAGACCCGAAAUUGAUAGUUGUGCAUGUGAAUAUUUUAAUAGAAAUUAAGAAAUGAAUCCAUCUCAGUCUUAGAUUAUUAAAGAAAUAUAUAUUUUUCUUUAAAUUAUUUGUAAUUAUUUAAUAAAUAUCUGAACUUGUAUCAGAACUUCAUGGCCAUGCGAUAACGACAUCCGGAAAUUAUGUAUGUGAUAACUUAUUUCAUUUGGGUAUUUGUGUGGCUGUUCGCUUCUUACUGCAGGGAAAAUCAUCUAGAAACUGUUCUAAACCAGAAAGUGUAAGAACGUGAAUGGCUGAAAGAAAGCGCCAGAACACAGUAUCAAUCAUGUGUUGAAUGUCUCUGUGACAUUCGUCCUCUGUGGGGGAUCCUCAGACCAACGUUUCGACAUAAGGGUCUGCACUAUGUUGGUCCAUCACCUAAAAUCCCGAUAAAAUACAUUGGAGGUAACGAGACAAAAUGUGGGGUGGGGGUUAAGGGGUGUCAUUACUUUCAUUUUGAAGGCACUGUAAAUAUAACACGGAGAUGGUAUUUUUUUUCUGGACUGAAUGGGCAGACUUGCGCAUACUGGUAUGUGUGAGCCGUCGAUAUUGUAAGCUGAAAUGUUCCUGUCAUCAGUGUUUGUCUUUUUCUUUCUGUCUGUCAGAAUUAGAAGCGUCGCAUGUAGAGGCCUCGAAAACCGUAAAUCUAAGCUCAUUCUGCUUAAAUAUUUCACCCGCCUUCGAACAGUAUUUUCAGGUCUUCAGUCUUCAGGCCGUCUGCAAAAGUUAACAUUUCUAUAUGUUCGGACUUUAGUUGUUUUCUGCCUAUGCUGCGUGUCAUAGAUGUCAACGCCAGGCUUCAAUCAUACAACAGACAAUGACACUCCACCAGCCUGGUGUUUCACUAGUUGUCAUUUUUGAAUAGUUCUAAAGAGUUUAGUUUUUUAUUUUCUUAUUUUUAUAGUACAAUCAGAAUUAUUUUUGUAAGGAAACCAUAUAGUUGUAGAAGCUUUACAAAAAAAAGUACCAAAAAAAAAAGUAGGUACUCCUCCUGCUCUGCUUUCAAGGGCUAAAAUGGAAGUGCUCUAUGUACCUGUAUGCAGUACUAUCAUUAAACAUGACACAUUACUG